AUGGUUGAACUCAAAAAAUACUGGCUGCCUGUUAAACUGUGGAUUGUGUUCAAUACAGUCAUCUUUGUGGCCAGAGCAUAUCUCACAUGCAUGGAGCUCAACAGAGGUCCACCUUAUCCAAAAUUGGAUAUAGUUGAACAUGUGUGCAAAGUGUAUGGCCUCCUGGUAGUAAAUAGCUAUUAUCAAGAUUUUGUGAGAGAAUCAACAUCUGGAUCUAGAGAAGAAUGCAAAUGUCAUCUUCAACCAGACAUCAGCAUUUUGUAUAUUCAGGAUCCGUCAGCUGUAACACCGAAGCAUAAUCAGUGGACGGAGCAACUAGUGGCAGCAAAUGCACCUCCUCUUGAACGGUUAUAACUCAUAUGAUCAAAUUGUUUUUAUUUGUCACUAGACUGUUCAAGAGUACAUUAAUUAAGCUAAUAUGUUACCUUAUUUCAUUUGUUAAGGCUUUUGUGAACAUAUAACAAUUUACAGUAUAUCUUUGUUCAUUUUCAACAUCCAGAUAAUUCAGAUGAUCAAUACUGAGCAAAAGAAAGUUUGUUCCUUGAAUGAUUUGUUUUGAAAGUGAAUAAUAUACCAUUUUACAAUGUUAAAAAACUUUAUAUUGAGAGACAGUUUGUAAUUUAUAUAACUUUGAGCAUAUUCAAGUAAUCUCCCAUUAGUUUGAACUUUUCUCAAUUAGAACUAGAAAAAAUAUAAGUUCACUACAUAAUUUAAGUAAUAAACAUGAUGUUCUCUAAACUUCAUUAAUUUACAGGCAGCAAAUAUUUUAUGUACAAAUAAUUUGUCAAUUAGGGACCUAUUAAUUUUAUUGAUUAGUGACAGUUUGUCAGUUGAAAUUUUUUAACUGAAUGCAUGUAUUACAAAUAAACUCUUAAAUAUCCUCUUCAAAUACUGUUGUUAAACCACCAAAAUUGCCUUCAUUAUUGAGUCAAAAAUUUAUUCUUGACAAAAUGAUGACAAAAUAUGUAAGUAAACUUCUUAUUUUCUUGAAAAUUUUAUUUCAUUAUUCAGUUACAGUAUGUCACCAACUUUCCUUUCCAAACUUCGUGUUUCUGCUUUUAAAAAAGCAAAUUCCAUGUAAAUUAUUCUCAGAAGUACGUAGAUAUCAUCUGGAUGCUAUUCUUACUCAGCAUAACAGGAUUUACAAGGAGAUGAAUAUAUUGCCAUUAAUUUCUGUUCCUUUUACUGAAAGUUAGCAGAAAAUUUAUUUUUGACAGUUUCAAGAAAUUAAGGACUAAAUUUUCUAAUAAAAAGCAUCAAAUAUACAAUGAAGCAGAAGCAAUUUACAAGCAUGGCACAAAACUCUUACUCACACAAUCUAGAUA